AUGAAUUAUAUCCUGCUGGGAGUACUGCUCUCUGUUUCGGGCAACAUACUCAUUUCCAUCUCCCUGAACAUUCAGAAACAGGCCCAUCUCCACUUGGGCUCCGAGCAUUACGCCCGCAACCUGAAAUGGCAGCUUGGCUUCAUGCUCAUGUCUCUAGGAGAGGUGGGUAAUUUUGUCAGCUACGGUCUGACCCCCGUCAGCAUCGUGGCGCCUCUCGGCGUCGUGACCAUCAUUUCGAAUUCCACCUUUAUUGCGCCUGUUCUGUUCCACGAAAAGAUCCGGCGCAGAGACCUCUACGGUACCUUCUCCAGCGCGAUCGGCGUGGUCUUCAUGAUACUGUCCUCGGUCAGCGAUUCCGCAGCACCGCCUAUCCAAGACCCUUUUUCGUACAUAGACUCCAUGGUGCUUUCGUCGCCAACACUCAUCUAUCUUGCAAGCACACUCGUCACCAUCGUCGUUCUCAUGCUCCGGCUGCGCAACUUGGAACGGUCCAUGACAUACAUCCUCCUGCAUCUGUCGCUAGUGGCACUUUUCGGCACCUACACCGCGAUCUCCACAAAACUGCUGGCUUCGGUAGUUGAGUUUGUGCCUUUCCGCGAUAUAUUCGUCAAUUGGCGGCCUUACGUGCUGUUUCUGGUCAUAAUCGGCACCUCCGGGUUCCAGGUCCACUAUCUAAACUCUUGUCUCAGAAUCGCCAAUGCCACCACAGUGGUGCCCAUCCAUUUUGUGUUUUUCACCACGGCUGUUCUGCUCUGCUCGAUUGUUGUUUUCAACGACUUUGCGGACAAAUCUGCCGCACAGUGCAUAGUCUUCUUGGCCGGGGCUUUGCUCACGUUCUCAGGCGUGUUUCUGAUAUGCGGAGCCAAAACCAGCGAGAAUGAGCACGAUCUCGUUGGGUCAGAGCCGCCAUCACACAUUCCUGCACACCAGCCUGUGUCAGAAACGGCUUCCAUGGUUUCGACUGACGAGGAGUUGCCACCAAGACCACAGGGACUCAUCCAGACAUCAAAAUCAACACCAGAACUCAACAAUUUUAUAGAAAGCGAGCACUUCUACAACACUACCAAUAGAAGAAACAGCCUCACUUGCGGGACCUUGGCCACGGCUAUUUUGUUCUCGGCGGAGGAAGCGCACUCAUGA